GCAACCACCUAGGUCGGGUCACAGACAGGGAGAGGAGAGACAGCAGAGUCUUUGGCUCUUUCUGGUGCAGAUAAACUGGUGUGAGGAAGCUGAGACAGAAAAUCCAGUAGCAACAGCUACAACCAUGGCAUGUGUAUACUUUCGAGAGCCAGUAUCGACCACGGUGGGGAAGCGGAUGGUUUUUACAGGCCCAGAUUAUGUAAAGGAUCAUCUCCCUGAAGUUGCUCAGCAUACUUCCUAUAUAGGAGAAAAGCGUCCUGCAUUAGAAAAAACUGGAGAUCUCAGAUAUUUAUGGAGGCCUGCCUCAAAGAGAAGCUUGCCGGCCAAAUAUAAACCUGAGUAUGUUGGUGAAAUUGGUUGGGGAAUACCAGCAUAUGAUUAUAUCAACAAAACAAGGCUUCAGACUGGCUUUCACUUUAAGUAUGAAGAGUUCAGUCAAGCUGCUGUUGAGAAACUAAGCCACAGAUACCAGAACCCAUGGCAACCAAAUCCUUCUAUUAUGGAUGCAGAAGGAAGCUUCAGUCGUGGUUUUAUUGCCUGGCAUAUGGGUGAUUAUGAGGACAUCAGUCAAAGAAACUCCAAACGGGCCAUCCUCCUUCGGCAGAGCCAGGCAGCAUUGCCAAGAGUUUCCAGACCACCUAAGCUGCCAAAGCUACCAAAAGACCAGGAGAAAAGCAGACUUCGGCCUCUGAAUCAGCAUGAUGUGAGUUGCUACUAGAAAGAAAAACUGCCUACAAAUGUAGAACAGGAAUCAGAUUGUAAUACGC